AUGGAUUCAAAAACUAGUAUGCCUGCGAUGGCGAAGUCAGUUAAAGACAGUGUCACUUCAAAAAGGUAUAUAAUCGCAAUCAUGGGAUUUAUAGGGGUCGCCAAUGCAUAUGCCAUGAGAUCGGUGCUCAGCGUAGCUAUCACGGAAAUGGUAACAGACAUCCAUAAAACGGUUAUAGAUCCUAACGGAUGUCCGGGACUUUUAAAAAUGAAGAAUACUACGAACAUAAACGCCGAAUUCUAUUGGUCUGAAACCCUUCAAGGGCAUAUCCUCGGUGCUUUCUAUUACGGUUACGUAUUCGCUCAAAUACCGGGUGGUAUGCUUGCACAGAAAUACGGAGGAAAACACGUGUUCGGUGUCAGUAUUUUUCUGACGGCAGUGUUCACUUUAUUGACGCCACUAGCCGCCAGAAUCGGGCCCGGUUACAUGAUUGGCGUCAGGGUAUUGGAAGGUAUAUGCGAAGGCCCUACUUUUCCAGCGAUGAACGCUUUAUUGGCUCAAUGGGUGCCAGUAAGCGAACGAUCGCGUAUUGGAUCAUUUGUAUUCGCAGGUGUUAUGAUCGGUACGAUUGUCGCUCAAAGUUCAGCCGGAUAUCUGCUUAAGAUAACCGAUAACGAUUGGCCUUUGGUGUUUUACGCAUCCGGAGUUGUGGCGGUGGUUUGGUACGUGUUCUGGAAUUUCUUGGUCUAUAACACACCUAACGAACAUCCCACAAUAUCCGAACAAGAACUUGACUACUUAGAACAUCAUCUGAAAGGAGUGAAUACAAAUAAGAAUAAACUACAAUCCACACCGUGGUUGGCCAUGUUGUCGUCGGGUCCAAUGUGGGGUUUGAUGAUCGGUCAAAUAGGACAUGACUGGGCUCUGUUCAUGAUAAAUGCUGAUUUGCCAAAGUACAUGAAGAGCGUUAUGAAAUUUUCCAUCGCAGAAACAGGCGUAUGGAGUUCGAUGCCGCACUUGUUGUCGUGGAUUUUCGCCAUAUUAACAGGAUGGUUAAGUGACUACUUGAUAACUAACGACAAAUUAGAAAUAUUACAACAAAGAAGAUUGUUUACAACAAUAGCUUGUAUUGGACCCAUGUUGGGCACGUUGGCGGCGUCGUACGCGGGCUGUGACAAGGCAAAAGUAGUGGCGUUGUUCACUAUAGGCAUGGCUACCAUGGGAUUUUUUUAUUCGAGCAUGAAAGUGAACGUAAUGGAUUUAAGUCCAAAUUACGCGGGUCCCGCGAUGGCUUUGGUGAACGGAGUCGGAGCAGUUGCCGGAAUUGUUUCCCCACCUCUCAUCGGAUUCCUCAUACCAGACAACACUUUAUUGGAAUGGCGAAAUGUGUUUUGGAUCAGCGGUGGCGUAGUUAUAGCAACGAAUAUAAUUUACGUCAUGUUAGCUUCAGCGUCGAUUCAGUGGUGGAACGAUCCGGUAUCCACCAGUGAAACGAAUAAUGAUGAAUUGUAAAAAGAAAAAUGUGCGCAUCGCCAUUUUUUCACUCAGACCGCAGUCGGACUGAGAUUAUUAAAAAAAAAAAAAGACGUAUUAUAGAAGUUUUAAAGCGUCGAAAUACAAUUAAUAAAUCAAAAUUUUGAUUUAUUGCAUCAUUCACAUUUUUAUAUUUUGUUGAAUAUUGCUAGGACGAUACGACAGUAAGAUCUUUUUUUUAGACGAUUACAAUAAAUUUUACUAUACGUUAAUUUGUCCCGACGUAAUCAAUUAGAUUAUAAUAAAUGAUAAUUUGUAUCUACUUGUGGCAUAACUACGAAAUUUUUUUUU